GAAGGCGGUGAUUGGUCGGCGCAGCUGUGACGUAACUUGACUGGGCGGGAAGGCGGUACAAGAUGGCGGAAGCUGAGCGGCAGCUCCGGCGGGUGGCGCUGGUGCAGGCUCAAGUUAGAGGUUACUUGGUCAGGAAAAAGAUCCGAAGUUUAUGUCAAGACUAUGAAAAUGUUGUGAAAGAGGUUCAGGAUAACCUGGAUCUGCUCACAUGGGAAGGGAUAUUGUUUCCAAGACCAAGAUUUCAGAAGCAGAGCUCAAACAUAAAAAAUGGACUGGGUGUUAUUCACGGGGAAACACCUGAAGCACUUUGUUCUGAAAAUGCAUCAAAUAAACCUUGCCCAGGGUUACAAGUUUCCGAACCAGAAAUAGACCAUGGUGACAUUCGGACAAACUGUACCCAAGGAAAUAUCCCUCCAUUGCCAGAUCAACUGGAAGUCCAAAAUAGAUCUGGAAAUUUAAUUGAAGUUCCUGGCCAAUGUGUGCAAACGCCGACAGGCAAAGAGAAACUGCACAGUUCCACUGUAGGUGCUUCUGAAGGAAAGGAUUCUGAUAAGACAAUGAACUUUGCUGAUUUAAAUUCAUCAGCAUGGAACAGUACAGGAAUGGAGGAUGCAUCCAAUGUCAUCAGUGCAGGGUCUUUGAGCAAAUUGCAAAAGAAAGAGAUGAUAACGAGUCAAGAAGGGUUACAGAAAUACAGAAGCAACCUUGCCAUGGAGCUCCUGUGGUUGCAACAAGCUAUUGCAAGUCGUAAAAACUAUUUGAUACUGAAGCAGCGUCUGGGAACUCCAGAACAAUAGCAGAAUAAUAGAAGUUCAGCAGCACUGGAAACUUCAAGAAACUAAUGCCUGUAAGAAGCUAUACUUGGUCUGUUCCUGUUUGUUUUGUUACCUCUAUUGCUGGUUAUAUACACAUCACCAGUUUGUAUUCAGCAUGUCUCAGCCACUUUGUGAUGCUAACUGAACAACUUUACAUGUAAUUGUAAUUGCAAUAAUUUGAUGGUGGUGCUUAAGGAUCCCUCCCCCUUAACACCAAGGAGGCUACAACCUCAUUUAUGGGCACACUUUUCCUAGUAAGAUGCUAAUUACAUAUGGGGUUGGCAUUUUUUGUGGGAAAAAUAGUCAAAUAUCAAUUUUUGCUGUUAAACUAUGCUCUGAUGACAAACUGGAAACUUGAACUUUAGAGAAUCUUGUCUUCAAUUAUUCCAUCUAAAUUCUCAGACCCGGUGCUGAUAAUAGUUAUACUUUCAGCUUCUGGAGUUGUAUUGGAAGCAAUUGUUUCUGAAAUUGAGUUGUGGCUAUUGAAUUUUGACUUGUACAUGAGGUACUGAAAUAUGCUCUUGUCUGUUAUUUUCCUUUGAUGUACUAUUAGGUUAUUAUAGAGUCACUGAAAUAUUUGUCUUCCUUGACUAAAAUGUAACUUCUCUCUGACAUGUGCAAUAUAUUUACUCUUAAUGACUUUUUUUGUGUUCAUUCUAUUGAUAAGAAUGCGAAAAGGCCCUUUCGAUAGUUAUAUGUCUAAUGCUACAAUUAUGAUACUUUAUAAAUAAAAUGAUUUUUUAAUGCA